UCUCAACAAGGUAGACAGCAAUUACCAUGGAUGCUGGCUAGGUUUGAACUUCUUUUAAUGCUGACUGUUAUAUGCUUUUAAUGCUUUGAGAAAUGAAUCAAUUUGCAUUUCCAAAGAUCUUCAGACUAUCUUAAUUAUGGAUAUCUGGAUUUGAACAUGUAUUAAGGUAUAAUGUUGUUUAUAAGUGAUAUCUAGGGUGGGGACAGUGUGUUUCCUUUCGUUAUUCUUUUAAAAUUCUAGCUGUGCGCUAGAAUUUCAUCAAAAAACCCAUGAUCUAUUGAUUUUUGUCCAUCGGAGAGAUUAAUGAAGGAGGCCUGGAGCAAGCUCUUGCCAAUGCCAUCACCUGCACAAGUUUAGCUGCUGCAGGUCCUCAGCAUUUUCGUCUUCUUGCCGCCCUGUACAAGUGGAAUCCUAGUGGGAGACAACUUAUUACUGGAUCUCAUAGUGGCAAAUUCACAAUGUGGAAUGGGCAUUCCUUGAACUUUUAAACAAUUCUGCAGGUAAUGGAUAAAUAAUAUGAACAAUGUUCUAACAAAUAAAUCUGCUCAACAAAACUGAUUUGUCUGUGUCUUGAGGACAGACUUGAAGUUGGGCUCCUGUUCUGAUGAUCCUACUGUUAAAGAUUGGGACUUUCCUAGGUGUCAUCAUCUGGGAAGAAGAAGAAGAAGAGAUGUCGGAAGCAGCCAAAAUCCGCCUCGUCCGCUGCCCUAAGUGCCAGAAUUUGUUGCCGGAAGUUACCGAUUUCUCCGUUUAUCAGUGCGGCGGCUGCGGUGCUGUUCUCAGAGCUAAGAACAAAAACGUCAAUUCUAGCGAGAGGUCUGAAGGAAUUGUAGGAACCGCAGAGAAGCUCACUGAUGGAUACGACAAAAUUGUGGAUGUUUCAGACAGAAGAGCCUUGGACACGAGUGACGGCUCCGAGAGCGAUGUCCGCUCCAGCGUUAGUUCCUUCAGCCGUACCGCCGGCGCCGGCGAGAUUCGAGAAAACUCGAUUACUAAGGAGACAGGGUUAGUUGUCGACGAACAUUGUUCUGAAAUUGAUCGAGGUUUCAGAGAAAACGAGGAUGUAAGGAUAGGGAAGGAAUGCCAAACAAAUGGCUCAUGGAGGAGGAUGGAGAAGGAAGAACCUAUCGGGCCGUCGUCUUCGUCGAAUCCGUCGAGCUACAGCGACGAAACCGCAGCUCGAAACGGGACCAACAACAUUGCCGUCGUCGAAGAAUUCGACAAUGUAGGUCGCGAUCGAGCCGAGCUUCUAAAGAAGCUCGACGAGCUGAAAGAUCAGCUGAGCCGAUCGGGGAAUUUGGGCGACAAAGGGAAAGAAAAGAUCCCCCACGAGUCGAGAAGGAUCGAUCCUUAUUGGCAUCAUCCUGACGAUCGUCGCGCCUCGAUGCAAAAUCCCUAUCCCGAUUUUCCGUUCGCAAGGAAUCAGUACGUCGAACCGCCGCCGUCGAUGCAUAGGCCGGAAAUCGGGGCGCAUUUUUAUCCGUCGACGCGGCACGUUCCGGGAUACGGCGAUCCGUCGAUGUCGCAGGUCCAUAGAAGGCCUUCGGCAGCAUACCAAAUGUACCCGUCGAGGCCAUAUAGGUCGGGACCCUACCGGGACGACACGAUGGCUUACGUGGAGCCAUCGUAUCCGCCGGAUUUCGGCGGGCAUCAUCCGACUUGCUCGUGUUACCGAUGCUUCCAGAAAAUGCCGGCGAUGCCAUAUGACGGGGUUUUCGGGUAUCUCGACAAUCCCGGGUCAUUUGGAUCCCGUACUUACGGUAACCAUCGUCGUCCCGGGAGGAUUCAAAAUGCCCAGACAAGAUGGCCGAGCGACGUCGACUCCGACAUUGAUGGUUUCUUGCCACGACGCCGUCCUCCUCCUCGAGUGCAUUUUCUCGCCGGCGGGAAGCACCGCCGCCCUGUCGCCGGCGGCGUACCGAUCUUGACUUGCAACAAUUGUUUUGAGCUGCUGCUGCUGCCAAAGAGAGUUCUGGUGAAGGACGACGGUAGGAAGAGAAUGAGAUGCGGCGCGUGCUCGUCGCUGAUCAUAUUCACGGUCUCGGACAGGAGUUUAGUCGUCUCGUACGAGGUUGAGGCGGAGGACAAUAAUCCCAACGAAGUCGAGGAUAUACUAGCGAAGCACCCGAGCCAAGUUCGGACAACCUUCUCGUCCGAGGAUUACGAUAACUACGGGUACGAUUUCUGCGCCACGGUUAGAGAAUCCGAACAGCCGGUGACCCGGCAGGGAAGCAACCGCCGUUCGACGUCGACGUAUGCUUCCGAGGCGGACGAAGAUUCGGGAUCAGCUGACCUGUCGACGAAGAACAAGCGAUGUUCGCCUCCUCUAGGCUCGUCUCUUCAGGAUCACUUUGAGCAUUCGAACAAUAAUCAUGCAACGUAUCAAUCGAAGGAAGGGAAUGGGAACAGAAGCGGACGAUCCGAGCAUGAAAAGCAAUUACCGAGCAAGGCGACGAGUCGACAGAUAUCGGCGGCGACGGAGAUCGAUUUGUCGUCAAACGAGUUUGGCAACACCGGGGCCACGUUCGAUUCCGGGGAAGGAAGCCGGGAAGGUGAUCAGCUGAAGGGUAGCAGAGGAGCCGAGUCAUUCUUCGCCGGCAUUAUAAAGAAGAGCUUUAAAGACAAAUGGAACGACGAGAAAGCUAGCGUCACAGUGAAUGGCCAUCUGAUUACCAACCGGACGAUCAAGAAGGCGGAGAAAGUCGCCGGACCGAUCCACCCGGGGCAUUACUGGUACGACUUUCGCGCCGGAUUCUGGGGAGUUAUGGGAGGCCCUUGUCUCGGCAUAAUCCCUCCAUUUAUCGAGGAAUUGAACUACCCGAUGCCAGAUGGUUGCGCAGGCGGGAACACGGGCGUGUUCGUGAACGGGAGAGAGCUGAACCAGAAAGAUCUGACAUUGCUGGGAAGCAGAGGGCUCCCGACGGAGAGGGACCGUUCUUUCAUCAUCGAGAUUUCCGGACGAGUGCUGGACGAGGACACUGGCGAGGAGCUCGAUGGUCUCGGGAAGCUUGCGCCGACUGUGGAGAGAAUGAAGCGCGGAUUCGGCAUGAGAGCCCCGAAAGCUGCAGCUGCCUAAAUUGGACUUUGCAACGACCUCGGGUUGUCGCCGAGGAAGCUGAAGUAAGAAGAGGGCUGUCUGUAAGAAAUACUGAUUUAGUACAACCUUACUACUGAGGCGUUAGAAACUGAAUACCUUUCGAUCAUGGAUUGAGAACAAAUUUGUAUAUUUGAGCAUUAUCAACAACAGAAAAUCAGAUUUCGAAACACAGA